AUUAAAGUGAACCAGACUUCGGCUCCUCCCAUCGACGGUAUCCUAGGCUCCUCCUCUUCUCUUUUCCUCCCUCCCUCCCCCUUUUCGGGGUUUGGGAGGCAACAGCUGUAGAGAGAGAAGGAGAAAAAGAGGAAGAGAGAGAGUGAAAGAAAGGAGGAAGGGAGAGGGAGGAGAGAGAAGGAGAGGAGCUCUUGGGGAAAGGGGCGGGGCGAGGCGAGGCGAGGCGACUCGACUCGGCUCGGGCGCCUCGAGCGGGAGCCUGCAGCCUCGUUGUGGUUAGUCUGGCACCCAGCGGCAGCCGCAACUGCAGCGUUAGCGUUUACCCGCUUCUCGGGUGUCUCCAGCGCUUCUCCCCCACCCCCGGCCCGCCUGCGAGCGGUGCCGGCAGCCACGCCUAAAAUGACUAAUGUGUGAUCUCAGUGGAAUAAAUGGCGUCCAAAGUGACAGAUGCUAUAGUCUGGUAUCAAAAGAAGAUUGGAGCAUAUGAUCAACAAAUAUGGGAAAAAUCUGUAGAACAAAGAGAAAUCAAGGGGUUAAGGAAUAAACCAAAGAAAACAGCACAUGUGAAGCCUGACCUCAUAGACGUUGACCUUGUAAGAGGAUCUGCAUUUGCUAAGGCAAAACCUGAGAGUCCUUGGACUUCUCUAACAAGAAAGGGAAUUGUUCGAGUUGUGUUUUUCCCCUUUUUCUUCAGGUGGUGGUUACAAGUAACUUCAAAGGUUAUCUUUUUUUGGCUACUUGUUCUUUACCUCCUUCAAGUUGCCGCAAUAGUAUUAUUCUGUUCAGCGCCAGGCCCACAUAGUAUACCUCUGACUGAAGUAAUUGGGCCAGUAUGGCUAAUGUUGCUACUAGGAACUGUACAUUGCCAGAUUGUUUCAACCAGAACCCCUAAACCUAUGCUUAGCAGUGGGGGCAAAAGAAGAAGGAAAUUAAGAAAAGCAGCACAUUUGGAAGUACAUAGGGAAGGAGAUGGCUCUAGUACUACAGAUAAUACACAGGAAGGAACAGUGCAGAACCACGGUACCAGCACUUCUUACAGUAUUGGCGCUGUCUUCAGAGAACUCUGGCAUGCUGCUUUCUUUUUAUCAGGGUCAAAGAAAACAAAAAAUUCAAUUGAUAAAUCAACAGAAACUGAUAAUGGUUAUGUAUCCCUGGAAGGGAAAAAGACAUUUAAAAGCAAUGAGGAUGGAAUACAAAAUCACGAACCUCACUGUGAAGUCAUUAGGUCAGAAGAGACUGGCUGGAGCACAGGAACAGUCAGGAAUACACCCAAUAGUCAGCACAAAGACAACCAAAGGAUAAUCACAAAUGUCUCAGAUGAAGUAUCAAGUGAGGAAGGUCUGGAAACAGGAUACCCAUUGCGUCGCCAUGUAGAUAGAGCCUCUGAAAAUAUACUUCGAAAUAGGAAGUCACAUCAUUAUAAGAAACAUUAUUCUACAGAGGAUGCCCCUAAAUCGGGUACUAGUUGCAGCUCUCGCUGUUCAAGUUCCAGACAAGAUUCUGAGAGUACAAGGCCAGAAUCAGAAACAGAAGAUGUAUUAUGGGAAGACUUGUUACAUUGUGCAGAAUGCCGUUCAUCUUGUACCAGUGAGACAGAUGUGGAAAAUCCUCAAGUUAAUCCAUUUAUGAAAAAGGAAUAUAGAGACGACCCUUUUCAUCAGCUUCCAGAAAUCUUUUUCUUACGAAAUGUUUCCCAAAUGGACUUUGCCUCAGAGCAAAUGAGAGACGAAAGGAGGGAAGAAGGGGAGAUAGAAAGACAGAGAAAGAGUAGUCAUUUGCCCUGGCUACAUAGCUCCAAUCCAGGAUUAGAAAAAGUCAGUGCAAUUGUAUGGGAAGGUAAUGACUGCAAGAAAGCUGAAAUGUCUGUGCUCGAAAUCAGUGGGAUGAUAAUGAACCGGGUCAAUAGCUACAUACCAGGCAUAGGAUACCAGAUUUUUGCAAAUGCCAUUUCCCUUGUCCUGGGUUUCACUCCAUUUGUUUUCCGACUUUCCCAAGCUACCGACUUGGAACAGCUCACAGCAUAUUCUGCUUCAGAACUUUAUAUCAUUGCAUUUGGUUCUAAUGAAGACAUCUUGGUUCUUUCUAUGGUUUUAAUAAGUUUUGUGGUUCGUGUAUCUCUUGUGUGGAUUUUCUUCUUUUUACUCUGUGUAGCAGAAAGAACUUACAAACAGAGACUACUUUUUGCAAAACUCUUUGGACAUUUAACAUCUGCUAGGAGGGCUCGAAAAUCAGAAGUUCCCCAUUUCCGAUUGAAGAAAGUACAGAAUAUAAAAAUGUGGCUAUCUCUUCGUUCCUAUCUUAAGCGGCGGGGUCCUCAAAGAUCAGUUGAUGUAAUAGUUUCAUCUGCAUUCUUGUUGACUAUUUCAGUUGUGUUUAUAUGCUGUGCCCAGUUGCUUCAUGUGCAUGAGAUCUUCCUUGAUUGUCACUACAAUUGGGAACUGGUAAUCUGGUGUAUCUCUUUAACACUUUUUCUUCUAAGAUUUGUUACUCUUGGAUCUGAAACAAGCAAAAAAUAUAGCAAUACCUCAAUAUUACUUACUGAACAGAUAAACCUGUACUUGAAAAUGGAGAAGAAACCUAAUAAAAAAGAGGAACUGACACUAGUGAAUAAUGUUUUAAAACUUGCUACUAAAUUAUUGAAGGAAUUGGACAGUCCCUUCAGGUUAUAUGGACUUACAAUGAAUCCGCUGCUUUACAAUAUUACCCAGGUUGUCAUAUUGUCUGCUGUUUCUGGUGUUAUCAGUGACUUACUUGGAUUUAAUUUAAAGCUCUGGAAGAUCAAAUCAUGACAAUGUAGAGAAAAAGCCUCAUCCAGUUUUCUGAAACAAGAGUACUGACUAAGCUGUCUCAAAGCAGUCACUGAAUCUGAGCUUCAGAAGCUACUGUCUCCUUAAAGGAUGUAGCUUAGAAAUUUGAAGUGUUUACAAUCUGACUGUCUUGUGCAAUUGUUAUAUUUAUUUUUAUCUUUUCACUGUUUUUACACUUAAGUCUUUAUUUUUUAUUUUCAAGUGUUGAUAUAUCUAGUUAUUGAAAGGGUGAUAAAAACUGAAAUCCAUGUACUUGAGAUCCUGGUAAUAGUUCAUAAUCAGUUGCUAACAUCCAGAAUAUAGAAGUCAGUGCUGAGAAUUGUUUCUUCAUAGGUAGAGUGAACUUGCCUUACUUUAGAACAAAAUUCUUUACAUUUAAAUGAUUUAUAAUGUUUUUGUAAGCAUAAAACAUAACAUUCUGAUUCAUUCAGAAUAGACUUAAUUGUUGUGAACAAGAAUCAACUGUAGGUUGACAGAAAUAGCUGAAUGAUUUAUUUAUUGUGUUAGAGCACUUUCUAGAUCCAAUCAGAGUUUUCUCUAUAUUUUACAUUUGGAACGAUGCCAGGAUCUAAACUGAUUAAGCUGCAGUUUAAGCACCCUUCAGUAUUAAUUAAUAUGGUAUUAUAUAAAACAGGUCAACAAGUGCUCUUUGAUGAUAAAACUCUUAAUAGAGCAAUAAUUGUAAAUGGUUACAAUGCCGUAAGGUAUUUUGAUAAAAAUUAACUAGUAAUAAUUGUAUUUAUUUGAAACACUGGGCUGUUUGCACAGCUCCAACUGUGCAUGCUCAAAAUGUGCACUUUUAAAAUUAUUACUUUUAACGUGUAUCUUUUAUAUGGAAUAUGUUAUAGUGUGCAGGGGCAUGAUAUGGUAUCCUUUUGAAUGAGGUAUAUAUACUCAUCUCACAAGUGAAGUGCCUCUUGAUUUUACUAAAGUACCUUAUGUUUACUCAAGUAAAAUAGAUUUUUUUCCCAUGAUACACUAUAGCAUAUGCCAUUUAUACCACACUCACAUGAACAAUCUAAGGAUAAAUACUCAUAAAAGAUGUUAUAUAUAUAUGUGUGUGUAUAUGUGUCUGUACAUACACAUAUAGAUGCACACACAUCUAUUCCUAGAACCAUAUAAAAAUUUAAAAAAAUACAGUUUUUUUUACAAACUCUAGCCUUUAAAUUUCAUAUGAGAUAUACAACUCCCUUUUUCAUUGAUAUAAGGGCUAUUUAGAAAUAUAAUUCUUUUAGAAAAUUGAUUUUUUCACAAGUGUCAAAUCUAGUACUUUAUCUUAUUGUCAUAUUAGGCAAGUGGAGUUAACUUGGUGGUUGUCCUGUUGAAGCUUGAUUUAAGGUUGUUGUAUUUGUAUAAUUAAUUAUGACUAAAUGAAUUUUCUGAAAACUGCACAUUUGCCCUAAACCAGGAAUUGUUUGAAAGAAAUAAAAAUUUUGUUUUAGCCAAGCCCAUCAUGUUAAAUAUAUUCAAACCCUUACAGUUUUUUAGGAACUUUAACAUUGUAAUUUAUAAAUUAUUCAUUUGAGACUGAUAUAUUUAGUUCAGUAUUUACCCAAAUCAUAACUUCAUUUCAAGUUAUGUGUAAAGAGUAGAACCAUGUAGACAUCUUUUUGUCCUUAUCAUUCCAUACAAUUAGUAGGCUUGGGGGUAAUUUAACUUCAAAUUGUGUGGUAUACACUACUUCUAUGUAAACAACAAAUAAGCAUUUUUAAAAAUUUGCCUGUGUACUAAUAAGUUUAAUAAUGACCAAAGUGCAUUCUGAUUUUUUGAAGGACUGUAUUACUGGAGCUUUAAGAACAUAUUUAGUUUCUCAUGUGAAAAAUUAGGCUAUGUUCUGAUAUGUUUCUUCUGCCUCUGUUGUCUCUUGUUGGAAUUGUUUUUAGGAUUAUAUUUUAUAAACAGCUUUUCAAAAAUAAGGUACAAACCUACACAGAACUUACAUUUUGCACAGAAUAUAUUUUGAGAAAAAAAAAAGUACAGCAUGAGUUCUGUUGGAGGUAAAAGUGAGACUUACAUCUCAAAAACAAACCCUUUUAUUUCAGAGUGGAAGUAUUUUUGAGAAACUUAAAUGUUUGAAUAUGUUGACUUAAGAAAGUCUGUUUUAGAAUUGAAAUUGGGAGAUGAGAUAUUAAGUUAUGUUCAUCUCUCAACAAUUUUUUUAUUAAUCUGUUGGAUUAUGUCACUAACAUUGGCAAGUAAAAGGGCAAUAAUAUAACAAUUUGUCAUUUCAAGUAAUUUUAGCCUGUCAUUAAAGCAGGAAAAUUUAAGUUGUUGCCAUUAAAUAUAUCAUUUAAUAUGAGAAAAUUGCUACAUGUCCCAUAACAGAAAAAACAGGUUAAAAAUAGAGGUAAGUGAAAAUGUGGCAGAUAUUGUAUGUUAGCUAUCUUUCUUUCUGUUUUCUUUUGUUUGUCAGUUUUUUUUUUUUUUGCCACAUAUAUUGUAACUGAAAGUUUGAGCAAGUUUAAAAUAAAGAAAUCUGUGGCUGAUGGUAUGAAAAAA